AUGCCAACCAGAGGUGUCUACCCCUAUAACCUGGGGUCGUUUGGGAAGACCGUCACCACCAACAGUCCGGAGGCACAAUUAUGGUUCAAUCGUGGACUCACGUGGGCCUACUCCUUCAACCACAAGGAGUCCAUCGUGUGCUUCCAACAGGCGCUGGUGCAUGAUCCGUCGUGUGCGAUGGCUUAUUGGGGGGUGGCCUACUCUCUCGGCCCCAAUUACAAUAAACCCUGGGACUUCUUUGGCAAUGAGCUGACAUCUGUGAUCGAAAAAACCUAUUGGGCCGCCCAAAAGGCCGUGGUGCUCGCCGCUAAUGCUUCGCCGGUGGAGCAAGCACUUGCCAAAGCGCUGACCGCGCGCUAUCAAAGCGAAAAACCGGUCAGCAUGGAGCAACUGGCCGCCCAAAAUAUCGCAUAUGCGGAUGCAAUGGAGGAGAUCUAUCAAGAAUUCAGUGAUGAUUUAGACGUGGUCACGAUCUAUGCUGAUUCCAUGAUCAGCCUCACUCCCUGGAGGCUAUGGGAUCUGGUUACGGGAAAACCAGAUCCAGCCGCCCGCACCGUGGUGGUGAAAAGGGUUCUCGAGAAGGCACUCGAGAACAAAGAGUCCACCAAGCAUCCCGGUCUCUUGCAUAUGUAUAUUCAUUUGAUUGAAAUGUCACCAUUUCCAGAACUGGGUCUGCGAGCCGCCGACUAUCUCCGGGACUUGGUUCCGGAUGCUGGCCAUAUCACUCACAUGCCUUCGCAUCUGGAUGUCCUGGUGGGGGACUACCGAAGCGCUGUUCGUGCGAACCAGCGCGCAGCCAUUGCGGACGAGAAAUAUCUGGGACGGGAAGGUCCCUACAAUUUCUACUCCGUCUAUCGAAUGCACACAUAUCACUCGCUCAUCUAUGCAGCCAUGUUUGCAGGCCAGAAGCAGACCGCUUUCGAGGCCGUGGAUCGCUUGGAGGCGACUUUGCCCAAGAAAUUACUCGCAGCGAUGGCCGAUUACAUCGAAAUUUUCAUGUCCGUGCGGGUACACAUCAUGGUCCGAUUCGGCAUGUGGGAAGAAAUCAUUCAAGUCCCCAUCCCCUCAGAACCAGAGAUAUAUUGCAUGACAAUAGCAACCUGGCACUACGCCAAGGGUGUCGCAUUUGCGGCCACGGGAAAUGUCCCCGAGGCAGAAGAGCAGCGAGCGCUGUUCCGCGAGGCCCGGACACGGGUCCCUGAAACGCGUCUAGACUGGCCGAACAAAUGUACUGAUAUCCUUGGCGUGGCAUCAGAAAUGCUAGAUGGUGAGAUCGAAUACCGCCGUGGCAACUACACGGAAGCGUUCGAGAGUCUGCGCCGCUCCAUCGAAUUGGAUGAUGGACUGGGCUACGCCGAGCCCUGGAGCUGGAUGCAGCCCACACGCCAUGCAUAUGCUGCUCUCUUGCUGGAGCAAGGGCAUGUCGAGGAUGCAGCAGCUGUCUACCGCGCUGACUUGGGUCUUGAUGGCACUCUUAUUCGGGCGCGUCAGCACCCGAAUAACGUGUGGGCUUUGCAGGGCUACCAUGAAUGCCUGGUGCGACUUGGAAAGACCGAAAUGGCUCGAGUGAUCGAGCCUCAGUUGGCAAUAGCGGUUGCGGUGGCCGAUGUGCCCGUGACUUCUUCUUGCUUCUGUCGACUGGAUACCUCCCAGGCACCGAACGUCAGCAAUGGUUGUUGUAAAUGA